GACACAAAUCAAAAAUUAUUCAACAGAAACGGCCGUCAAAUUGUUUUCGUUGUAAAAAACGUAAAAGUUAAAAUGGAUUUGAAAAUUUUGUUGACAAUUGGAGUGAUGCUCGCAUUACUAAUCGUGAGAGCUCAAGCUAUUAAAUGCUACUUUUGCAAUACAUUGGAUAAUAAUGAAUGCUGGCAAAAUCCUCCACCCGCUAAAUUCUUGGUCGAUUGCAGCAAAUUGGCUGGGGGUGAAAACUUUACAAUAUGCAGGAGGAUGACAAGACUCUACAGUGAUCAAGGUGUUAAAGCUACACCCAAUAAAGACAACACGUCACUUGAGCGACAUUGCGCUGUUGCUAGAAAUGAUUCUUCGCCUUGCAUGAAAACUUGGCUCACUUUACCCGCUAUGAGAUUAGAAAUCACUGGAAAUGCUUGUACCUGCACGACUAACGAUUGCAAUGGUGCAGAAAUCACUUUAGAUUCUAAAGCUUAAAACUUUAAGUUCAUCUGUUGACCUUGAAGUUAUUUUAUUAAUUAAAUUAAAUUCCAAGCAAUCAAAAAUGUUUUUUAUCAACAUGAAAUUGAAUUCAACAUUUCAAAGUUCUAAAAUAAAUUCAAAUUGAAAUCUAUUUAUAAUUAAAAUCAAUGAUUUCAACAUUAACAACAUGAAACGUCAUUUCCAUGUUUAAUUUAAAUAAUUUUAAUAUUUAUCCAGCGUAUAACAUUAAUUGUUUUCACUCGCCAGCAUGUUUAAUGAUUUGGUUUUAAUUCGCU